AUGACAGAUUUAUUGUUUACUCAUGACGAAAUGAAACUUGAAUCAUUACAUUUACUAUGGUUAGAUCAUCCUAAUGAACAAUCAAGAACAAUUAUCAAACUUCGACAAAAUCUGUCUGAAACAGUUCAUUAUAUACAUGAUUUCUCUUCCGAAAAAGAAUGUUUUGAUUACAUUACAACGAAUGUUAUCACAACUUUCGUAGUCUGUUCAGAAAAAUUUACUGAAUUUUUAUCAUCGUUUCAAGUUUAUGACUUCAAUCAUGUUCAUUCAAUUUAUAUUUAUUCGACUUCCAAUAAAAAUAGUCAAGAUAAUUUGCAAAAAUUACAAAAUCGAUAUUGUAAAAUCAAAGGUCUUUACACCAAUAUCACGAAUUUAAUAGAAGAUUUACAUACUGUUGUUGAAUCUUUCACCAUCUGUCAAAUUUUCAAUCCUAAGAAUUCUGAAUCACAAAAUACAACAGAUGAUUUUGGAUCUUGGUGGGUGGGAUAUCUUGAUAUUUUAUGUCAUUUAGAAUAUCCGGAUGGUUAUUUAAAACGAUUAGUACAUACACUAAAAGUUUAUUAUCAAACAAAGAANAGUACGAUUAUUGUUUCGAAACAAAAUUACAGUAGUAGUGAACAAAGUCUUUGGUGUGCCUAUCUCCAAACUGGAAGGUCAGUAGCAUUUCUUUGA